AUGGGUCUCUUCGACAAGCUACAGUCAAAACUCGAACUCUACCGCCUUGAGCAGAAAUACGCCCGUCGCAAGAAUCGAAUGACCUACAACACCGGCGCCCAGUACGUUGAUGGUGAAUAUGUCUACCCCAGCGGAGCCGACUACCUCGACAGUCCUGUGUCUGCCAAUUCGACUGGUAGCUCCGGCAGUUCGAACAAGAGACGGACCAUGUUCUGGGCACCACCUAAUCAUCGCAGAUGA